CGAUGACAGGUUUCAUUAUCAGAAUUUGAUAAUACAGUACGAUUCGAGGAAAAAUGAAACUACAGUUUAUUCUCUUGGUCUUUGCCACAGUUUGUCGCGGUGCAGCAGCAAACAAUUGUAAAUCAGCAUCACUUGUGACGUCGAGUAUGUGUGCAGCCCAACUCUCUGGAAUGAACCAUAAAUAUACACGAAGAGAAAGUGACAUUCCAACUUAUCUUCUUGAUUCACUGAGUGAUGAAGUCACAUUAAGAACAAGUUGUCGACGAUGCAACCAAGGAAAGAGAUUAUACAGAACAGCCGACGGCUCGUGCAACAAUGUCAGGGAUCCCUCAAUGGGUCAGUCAUUGGGAAGCUUUCAACGUCUUAUGCCAGCGCAAUAUGGGGAUGGGGUGUGUACACCAAAGACACUGGGUGUAAAUUGUGGUCUACUUCCCACAGCUAGAGAAGUCAGUAAAGCUAUUCAUCCAGCUCUAUCAGUUAAUGCCGAAAACACGGUAAUGUUGAUGCAGUGGGGUGAAUUCAUGGAUCAUGAUAUGACGGGUGCUGCCAUUAAUCAACCUCAUGUAAAUAGAGGCUGCUGUAACCAUGUCGAUGUACAAAGAGGACUACCACAUCCAGACAUAGCAACUUGUAACGGUGAAUGCUUUCCGAUAAUAAUUCCUAAAGAUGACCCAUAUUUCAAUAUAAAUUGUAUUGAAAUGGUCAGAUCACGUGCCAUACAGAACAUCAGCUAUUUAAAUUCCUCGAACCCCAGAGAACAACAGAACCUUCUAACUUCAUAUAUUGAUGCGUCAAAUGUUUACGGAACUAAUGAAGAACACACUAAGAAAUUGCGAGCAGAAAAUGGAAGAAUGGCAACAUCCGCUGGUAAUUUGCUGCCCAUUGGUCGUGAUCAAGAUUGCAUUCUUGGACCUAGUGUCCCACAUUGUUUUGCAACUGGUGAUGAACGAGCUCACGCAUAUCCACCAUUAACAGGUCUUCAUACUAUAUUUGUCCGUCUUCAUAACAUAAUAGUUGCAGAAUUGGACGAAAAUACCAAUUGGGGCGGUAAUCGACUGUUUCAAGAAACAAGGAAAAUCAUUGGAGCUAUAUUACAGAAAACUACAUAUUUUGACUGGCUGCCUUAUAUUUUGAGUCCAAAAACAUUAAAAAAGAAUGGAUUAAGACGAGGUGAACAUAAAUACGAUAUAAAUGUGAAUGCUCGUAUAGCUUCCGAGUUUGCUACAGCCGCCUACCGAAUGGGCCAUUCCUUGAUUCCAGAUUUUGUGAAAUAUGGCGAUGAAAAAAUACUGUCUAGGAAUUUGUUUAACAACCCAAAAACGGUUUUUGAAAACUUAACUCUUCUGAUGGAAGGAGUUAUUAACCAACCUGCUUUAGCUAGAGAUCGGUUUAUUACCGAGGAAAUCACAGAUCAUUUGUUUGAAACGAAAAAUGGUUCUUUUGAUUUGGUGUCAUUUAAUAUCAAUCGUGGACGAGAUCAUGCUAUUGCCACCUACAACCAGAUGAGAGAAUAUUGUGGGCUAAGAAAAUUAACUUCAUUUUAUGACAAAGAAGUUGGUAAUGCAGGAGUCGAGUUGGCUAAAAUUUACGAUCAUGUGGACGAUAUAGAAUUAUUCCCCGGAGGAAUGUCAGAACCUAACUUGAAAAAUUCUUUGCUUGGUGAAACAUUCAACUGUAUUCUUGGAGAACAGUUCAGAUGUUUAAAAUUUGGUGAUGCGUUCUGGCAUGAAACAAGGGACAAACGUCGAGGCUUCUCAUCCUGUCAACGACUAGCCCUGAAAAGGUUUAGCUUCGCGAAGAUUUUAUGCGAUACACUAAAUUUUAAUGAAGUUCAACCAGAUCCCUUCAGCUUACCCAAUGACUCAAAUAACCGAGUCAAACCAUGUUCGGAGUAUGAUAAGUUAAACCUUUCGCCAUGGUAUGACAGUGAGGAAAGUGAAGAAGAUUAAAUCAUACUAUCAACAACAUAGUUCAGUUAUAAAGUCGUGUAUAUUACCUUUAAAAAAAUCAUGUAUUCAUUAAAUUGUUUUUUUUUUU